ACAGUCAGAUGUAUUUCCUGUGUCUUGCUGCAUGUAGGCCACAUUUUUAUUUUUGUUUUCAAGAAACUAUAAAAGUAGCAUUUUUGUAGCGUCGCCUGAAAGACAAGCGGACGUUACCAAGGAAAUGAUCUGAUUCUUCAUAUCUCAACAGUAAACUACUCUCUUCAUUAUGGAUCACAAAGCUAAACACAGCCUGAAGUUAAUAGACCAAAUCAACAAAAUGAAGGAGAUGGACGAACUAACUGAUGUCAUUCUGAUCGCUGAAGGGGUGAGCUUCCCUUGCCACCGGCUCAUCCUGUCUGUGUUCAGCCCCUAUUUCAAAGCCAUGUUUACCUGCGGGCUGCAGGAGUGCAGCAGGAAGGACGUUCAGCUUUUCGACACGUCGGCUGAGAGCUUAUCUGUCAUCCUAAACUACAUGUACAACUCGGAGCUGCACCUCACCAAUUCCAACGUGCAGCAUGUCAGCACUACGGCCUGCAUGCUUCAAAUGGACGACACAUUCAAAACCUGCCAUAAAUACAUGAUGGAUCACAUGGAUGCAUCCAACUGUGUUGGGGUUUACCAUUUUGCCAAGCAGCUUGGUGCUGAGGAACUUGCAGAUCAGGCUAAAAAGUACCUGGACCAGCACUUUGCUGAGGUGUGCUUGCAGGAAGAGAUACUGGACAUCGAACCCCACCAGCUGUUGACUCUGAUCACAUCGGACAACCUUAACGUUUCCCGGGAAGAGAGCAUAUUGGACGUGGUCCUCCGUUGGAUGAACCACAGCAGAAAAUCACGAGCCCAGCAUCUUCCAGACCUUCUUAAGCAAGUGAGGCUGGUUCUGGUGAGCCCAGCGUUCCUCAAGGAGGUCAGGAAGAGAAACACAGCCCUGCUGUGUAACUCCGAAUGCCACAGCAUGAUUGACGAUGCAUUGCAGACCAUCCAGAUGACUACCCGGCCUCGCACUCUCAAGCUGAGAUACGGGAUGGAGACAACAGACCUGCUGCUCUGUAUUGGCAACAAUGGCUUCGGUAUAAAAUCCAGACAUGGAAACUAUUCUGAUGCCAGCUUCUGUUACGCUCCCACAACAAAGAGGACUUACUUUAUGACUUCUCCACGAUACGGGGAUGCUUUGGGAUAUGUCUGCACUGGAGUUGUGACUGAGAACGAUGACAUAGUGGUUGCCGGAGAAGCUGGUGUGCGGAAAAUGUCUAGGCAGAAGACUAGGGAUGUGGAGAUUUGUAGGUACGAGAUCAAAUCGAGAGGCUGUUGGGAGAAGCUGUGCUCUGCUGAAUUCAGAGAGCUGUACGCCUUGGGCACUGUGCACAACACCCUGUACCUCCUCGGUGGUCAGAUGAAGCUGAAGGACCGCUUUGUGGUCACAAACAGCGUGGACAAGUUCUCCUUGGAGAGGAACCAGUGGAGAAGCUCCCCUCCCUUGCCUGUGCCGUUAGCUUGCCAUGCCGUGGUCACGCUUCAUAGCAAACUCUACGUCUUUGGAGGAUGGACUCCACAGACAGAUCAUCCAGACGAUGAGCCAGAUCGGUUGAACAAUCGCAUGUUUCAGUUCGACCCUGGCAGAGACAAGUGGACGGAGUGCGGUCCCAUGAAAUACUCCAAGUACCGCUUCAGCACGGCCGUGGUCAACAGCGAGAUUUAUGUCUUGGGUGGUAUAGGGUGCCUGGGUGCUGACCGUGGUCAGGCGAGAAGAUGUCUUGAUAACGUGGAGAUCUACAACCCUGACGGAGACUUCUGGAGGGAGGGCCCUGAAAUGCCCUUGCCCCUUCUCUCCCUCCGAACCAACGCUACCAGCGUGGGUGUGGUCGAAGGCAAGCUGUACGUCUGCGGGGGCUAUCAUGGGGCAGAUCGUCAAGAGGUCAUUAUCAAAGAUAUCCUGGAGCUGGACCCCUGGGAUAACCAAUGGAACGUGGUGGCACACAACGCUCUCAUGCACGACAGCUAUGACGUCUGCCUCGUGGCCAGACUGAACCCCAGAGAUCUGAUCCCUCCCCCCUCAGACCUGGUGGAUGAGUGAGCAGUGGGGUGGGGUGUCCAUCAGUGUAGAGGGUAGUUUUUAUAAAAUAUACUUCAAAUAUGGCAAAAUCAUGCAGACUGAGAAAUGGAAGAUGCAUUGUUCACUGUUUAACUCUCUGAUACAGUUCCAUUGCUUUCCCUAGGAUUUUACUUUGGAGUGGGGGUUAGGAGGUGGUCUUGGCCUUGCCUGCAGACUGGAAAUGACAAAACCACCAUGCAUCUGUCAGGCUUGAGUGAGUCAGUGGACUGAGUGGCAGGGAGGAAGUUCAGGUCAAGACUGAGGGAAGUUCUCAUGGCGCCUGCCAGACUGUAGCUAGUUCCACUGUCCCUCACAUUUCUCUAAUAAAAGCUCCUCGCCAAUAACUCCCAGAGAGGAAGCUGUUCAGAUUUCCUACAAACAUGAGUUAUAAUUGCACUUAUGUAACUCUCUUACAGUGUAUUUAUUUUAUGAUGGAUUUAAAAAUCACACCAUUUGCCAUUGUUUUCAAUAAUCACAUCAUGUCGCCAUUGAGUCUCCCUCCCCUGGUCUUGAUCAUGCUUUCUGGGUAACAGCAUGUCUGAAUAGUGUGUUAAGAACUUCUGGAAGAUGUGAUCUGAUUGGAAGUUUUUAACCAAUGUAUUUCUUUUCAAGUACAUAGAGCUAACAGAAUGACUCCAGCAGAUCCUACUUACUAAGCAUUGCCAUCAUUUCUUAGGCCUCACGGUUACCUAUAGAAAAGAUGCACACAUUAUGGUAAAGGUGAAUUAGAUAUUAGUGUAGAAAAUGCAUCAAUUGCUCCUUCCAGGUAUUUUAAUGCUACACUUCUGGAUCACCACAUUCUACUGCACGAGUCUGCAUGAAGUCACAUUAAAAACAUGUCUGUCACAGAUAAGCAGCAUUUGUUAAAUGAAAUGUGCUUAUGUGAAGCACCUGGGAGUUCUUGCAAAGGAAAUAAAUGGCACCCAUUUUUUGUAGAUUUUUCUAUUUUUAGAUAGUUUUUUUUUAAAUAUCUAUGUGAUGGGACACUAUCCCAACACCCAAGAAGCGUCAAGUCAAAAGAUGUUUGGUAUUUUUCCCUUUUACAAGAACUCCCAGAAACAACUUUGGUAUUUUCAAAGUGAACUUUGCUUAAUGUUGUGUAUGUGUUAAUGUGUGUAUCUAUCAAAGAGGAAAAUGUAAGAUCUACAAAGUUUUUCUUAACUAAUAUGUAUUAAGUAAUACAUAUUAGUUAAGAAAAACAGGAAUGAUUAUGUCAACUCUGAAAUCAACAAUCACACGCUUCUGAUUACUGUAAUUUCAUUUUGUGUGUUUCAUUCUGCCAGAGGUAACUUGCUGUCUUACAGACAUGAGCAGCUGAGAGAUAGCACUGUCUGUCAGCAGGCCUGUUCUCAGCUGCAGCACAAACUCUGUUUCCACAGUCAUUCCAAUUGAAUCUCAUCCAUCAAUCAAAAUGUCAUUCAGAACCCUUCUUCCAAGAAUGCCAUGUCCCAGUAGCUUGUGUCUUUCUACAGCAGCCUUUGGCAGAUUGCAUUUUAUUCCGCUUGCCUGGAGGAAGGUAGACUGUGUAGCGCUGAACACCCACAGAUUAAUUGUAACUGUUCUCUGUGCUACUGGGUCUGGUUAAGUGCGGAGGUGGUUUCUAUAAUUCUUAUUUAGGAGGAGAAUAUUUUGGCACUGUGCUGUCUUUCGCUUCCUUGCUCAUAUUUUGGUGUUUGUUGUAGCCUAAUAUUAUAUAUUUUGGGAAAACAUCACAUAGUUCUACAGCUAUAAACAACAACAAUAACCAUUUGACCCAGCCCUUGUGUGAAUACAUGUUAUUAUUAUUUAUUUCUUAGCAGAUGCCCUUAUCCAGGGUGACUUACAAUUGUUAAAAGAUAUCACAUUAUUUUUUACAUACAAUUGCCCAUUUAUACAGUUGGGUUUUUACUGGAGCAAUCUAGGUAAAGUACCUUGCUCAAGGGUACAGCAGCAGUGUCCCCCCACCUGGGAUUGAACCCACAACCCUCUGGUCAAGAAUCCAGAGCCCUAACCACUACUCUACA